AUGAAAGUGAGCAAAGAGAGCGCAGAGACAAGACAGGUGGGAGCCAUCGCCUGCCUGGGCGUGCACAGAUACUGCGCCACCCACAUCUUGCCUUCCCUCAUCUGCACUGCGGUUGAACUCAGGAUAGAAGAUAACACCACCGAGGGGGUUGUAACCCUCACCAUUAAGGAGCUCAARGAGCAGGACUCAGGACAGUACAUGUGCGUGCAGUCUUCUGAUGUCGACACCCUGCUUCUCAUGAAAAAGAUCAAACUGAAUGUUUUCAAAGGAGAUUACAGGGCUGUACAGAAAGCCUGGUGCAAAAAGACAACUGGGAAAGACUGUGUUGUCUUGGUAAGUACAGAAAAGACAAACGGUCAGGAUAUCAGUAAAGCUCAGACAGGAAGAUACAGCCCGAAGGAUGACACCCAGAGGGGACUUCUCAGCAUCACCAUGGAGCAGCUCGUSGUACCAGACAGCAGGGAGUACUGGUGUGCCAUUUACAAUAACCUGCAUCUCUUGCGAAUAAUGAAAAUCAAGCUGCUUGUUUUCACAAGCGAAGCACCAAACACUCUUCCUCCUGCUUAUGCAAAUACUCCCUUUAACUCCUCAGAAACAAUAAGCCCCAGCAAGGAGGAAGGGCUGCAGUGGAACAGGUUGCAGAUCAUCCUUUGGUUGGCCAUUGGAAUCGUGACCAACAAGAUCCUGGCGAUGGUGAUCCUAGCGCUCCUCAUGAGAAGGAGGAACUCCAGGAAGGAGGAGGCUCUGGGGGCCUCCAGCACCCACAAGUCGCUGGGUCCCUCGGGACGCUGCCACGCGCCUGGCAGUGAGGCCAGAACCACAAGGCCGGCUCUGCUCUCCGCAGGUGUCCAAGCCCAAGCAGAUGGUGCCAGGGAGAGCCGCCCAGAGGGCAGCACUCUCCUCCUCCAGUGUCCGUACGGAAAAGAGGAYGGCUACCCUUCACACAAAGCCUGGUGCCGAGUGGCUAAUAAGGAAUGUGACAUCWUAGUACAGACAUAUUACAGAUAUCCUGGUGUGUACACAAACCAGGACACGCGCGGCAGAGUUACCAUACAGGACGACAUCCAAAGUGGGACCGUUUUCAUCACCAUGAGAAACCUCCAGGUACAGGACUCGGGCACGUACUCCUGUGCUUACCAUCAAAACACCAACACAUACCUUCCACUGAAGACCAUCUCACUGCACGUUUUCAAAGAGGUCCGCGUGCAGGAGCUGGCCUCGCUCACUGUGCAGUGCCCCUACAGCACCCAAGAGUCCAGCGCGACAAAAGCCUGGUGCCGGCAGGAAGGUGCCACCUCCUGCAACAUCCUGGUCAGCAUAAAUAGCUCUUCAACACAGCGUUACAGCAAAGCCCUGCAACACAGCAAAGCCCUGCAACACAGAACCACAAUCAGGGACAACACGUGGCAAAAUACCGUGACCAUCACCAUGGGGAAGCUGCAGGAACAGGACUCUGGUGUGUACUGGUGUGUGCUCGACACAGCCGCCCAUCGCACGCAAACAGUGGAAGUCAGACUCACCGUGUCCAAGAGCACGCGGCAGUUCACAGCCACGGAGUCCGACACGCUCGCUGUGCAGUGUCCGUACAGCUCCUACGAACACAGGUCAGUGCCCAAAGCCUGGUGCAAAGUGGCAGCGGGGCAGCAGUGCGUGGUGCUGGCCCGCACRGAYGAGCAGCGCCCAGGGCCCCGCGGGACGGCUUYGCCAGGCACAGCCACCAUUCGGGAUGACCUCUGGAGAAACACUGUCACCGUCACCCUGAAACAACUCCGCGCACAGGACUCCGGCGUGUACUGGUGUGUGCUCUACGAACCCCCCCAGCUCUUCCGCAUACUGGAGGUUACACUCAAUAUUCCCAAGGGUACGUAUUAUGAUUGUAACUUCAUUUCGUCAGUUACUGGAAACACAUGUGACACAAGUCCUUGCCCCAGCGACGCCAGCUUCACGACCCCUGCACCGCCAGAACGAUUCACCGUAAGUACCUUCAUCCUCCUCUAUGUGGUCCUGGGCAUCCUGCUUGUGCUGGCACUUACCAGCGUGGGAACACUGUACGUCAAGAAGCGCAGGCAGCGGAGACGAGGUAACAGACGAGCAGAAGACAUMUAUGACAAACCAGAGGACACAGAACAGUUUCAGAGCCCUGAACAAAUGGAAAGUCCCAGGAAAGACAGCGAAGACCUAAAAUACAUCAGCCUGGCCUUUACAGGGCAGCUCGGCCCCGAGGAACCACUCUAUGCUAACAUGAGACUAGAGCAGGCUCCCAGGAAUUCCAAGGCGGAAACUGUGGAAUACGCCAACAUUGCGCUCAAGCAGCUACCCAUGAAUGACAAAGAAUGAAGCACAGGAGCCAAACAAUCCAGAAAUGGGAGGAAAGAAAUGGAACACAGAGAGGGAAUGGGGCACAGCAGGUGUCUGCAAGGACACAGGAAAAAGAGCUAAGGAUUUGCUGCCAUGCAUACAGUGCCCACKCAUUUUAAGACCUCCCAGCUACAGGAGGGCAGCAGCAAAUUCUGAGAGCUGUGCAGAUUCUCUCCAGUCAGAGAGAGGUGCUGGGUAGCCCCCCGGGAUCUGCUGCACAUCAAUUUUCUUGGAGUCUAUUCAAAUACAGAUUGCUUUGGAGAUGCAAGUACGGAGGAGCAAUUUUUUUCAAAGGGGCCGGCGGCGGAUACUGCAGCUGUGUUCACUGGCACCAGCUCCAUCCUGCUCCUUUGGACUCAGCAACUCUGACCAGGAGAAGCCCUCCUCGGUGCUGCUGUUUGAACCCCGGAURCUGAUGGGACUGGGUUCCUUUGCCACAUAACGAGGGACGGGUUUUAGUGCUGGAAUUAGAGCAAUCAGCAGAACCAGAACCUGCCUAAGGGGAAAAGCUAGAGGACAUAUGGCAGUAAGCUGGAACGCUGCACUGCAAACUGGAGAAACUGAGAAGGACCCUGCUGAAUGAACCAGAGAACUAGGUCUUCUAGCUACCAAACAACUGCAUGUGU